UUAAUUUCAAUUUGAAACAAGAAAGAGAAAGAAACAAUUUAAAAGAAUUCGAAAGAAAAACAAAAUUAUUCCACGAAUAAGAAGGAUCGAUCUAUCGUUUGAAUUCGAUUGAAUUAAUCUUACCAACCUUGACAAAUAAAAAAAACAAAAAGAAGAAACCCCUUCUCCCCCAUAAUAAAUUCAAGUUUUAUCAUAGGUGAUAUUCGAAGACACACUUUUACGUGAAUCGUAGAAAAAUCAAACAAAAAAUAAAAUGGAACAGGAAUAAGAAGAAACUUGGAAAUUUCUUGCGAGUUUAAAACAAGGAAGGAAGACAUAUAUAUUUUCUUCAAAAUUUAUGGUUGACCAAAAUAAUUUACUUCUAACGCUUUUCAAAGUUGCUUUGUCAAGCAACAACGAUAAAAACAACAACAAAAAAGGAAGAAACAAAAAUCAGACGCUUGAUUAAUAAAUUUAGUUCAAAACGUACGACUGAUUUUGACGUAAUUCUCGACAUAUGUGCGUCAUAUGUGAAAUCCUUUAAAUGUUAAAUCAACAAUCGUUCAUUCGUUCAUACGUACGUUCGUUCCUUUGCUUAAUUAAUCGUCAAUUCCAAUUGUACGAAUUUACCAAUGAACCAACCGCGAAAACUCAUCACCCUUAUUAACAGUUACAUUUUCGAAAUAUGUGACAUUUACGGAAAGAACGAAGAAUUGUUGAUCACACGUUAUUAGCUUUUAACCUGUGAUGAGAUGACUGACAACAAGUGGUUGCCGUAGUUUUCGAAAAGGAAAUUAAUAGACGAUUGGACCAAUCAAUUUCUGCCAAACUUUCCAAAAGCAAAUGAUAAAGUGUAAUAUUCGACUGAAAUAUCAGAAAGAGAGAAAGAGAGAGAUAGAAAGAGAGAGAGGAAGGGAAGGAGUGAAGGAAAGAGAAGGAAAGUGGAACGAAGAAGGUUGGCUAUUAUUUUCAAAUGCAUCGGCCACAAAACGUCGAUAGAGACGAAAUAGCCAAGUCGAGAAGCCAAGGAUGUCACGUGAAUCCAUCCCUCCACGGAAGAUAGGACACGUUUCAUAAAGUUUCAUGCACGGUACUAGGAGCAAGAGAGGAAAAAGUUUCUUCCACUUCGGUGAAACGAUAUGCUAGACGACGACACGGCCGUAGGAAGUCGAAAACCGAUACGAUAGAGAAGGGAGAACGAUCUUUGAUAAGAACAACAAAAAAACAAUUUAAAAAAAACAUACUAUAGCGAGAUAUAACUUAAAGAAUGUGCAAGCAUAAUUUACGAAACCAUAUGAAGAAUUAUCCACGUCGUAAAUAAUUAGGUCCAGACAUCUCACCAGAUGGAUGAGGACAGCAACGCCAAAGGAACGUUAGAACAACGAUAGGACGUUACCGCUUGCGGCUGCAGCUGCGGCGUCGAUCGCUGCAUCUGCAGCUGCGGCGGCAGCGGUAGUGGUGGUGGUGGUGGUGGUGGUGGUGGUGGUGUGGUAUAGUAAUUAGGCGGCAUAAUGAUGCAAAAUACCGGCGACUAUUACCAAAGGGCACCUAGAUGUUGUCCCGGACGUAACGGCGGGAACACAGAUUCCCUAAGACUCAGCAGUUCGGUACGUGGUGCUGAAUUGCUUUGUUGUUGCUGCAGUUGUAGCACUUCCACUUCAACUAACACACCAGGAUUAUUAGCCAGUCUUGGUGUUUGCGUUCUUGUACUUGGUUACACCCUUCUUGGUGCGUUCGCUUUUAUGGCAUUAGAGGGUGGACUAAAAUCGGAGUCAUUGAUAAACGUGUCAUCGAAAAUUGCAAAAAGUGAGGAAGGAUCGUACAGUUUAUCAACGUUUGAGGAUGAAAAUGCUGCUACCGAAUUAAGAGCAAAGACUGUAGAAAGACUUUGGAGUAUAACUGAAGAUUUGAAUAUUCUUUAUAAGGAGAAUUGGACUCGACUAGCGGCGAAAGAAAUUCAAGAAUUUCAAGAUAAUCUUUCGCGUAGAUUGGGACGUACGUCAACGCCCUUUGAACCACCUCAUCAAUCGCGAAAUAACGAAGUAGAUAAACGACGAUGGACGUUCAGCGGUAGUCUGCUUUAUUCUUUAACACUUAUUACCACCAUAGGAUACGGUAAUGUAACUCCGCGUACAGUCUGGGGUCGCCUAAUUACCAUAAUCUACGCUUUAGCUGGUAUACCUCUUAUGUUGGUUUAUCUAAGCACAGUGGGCGACGUUCUUGCUAGAAGUUUCCGACGUUUGUACGGUCGCAUGUGCAUUCCACGAAAUUGUAUUAAAAAACAACAACCUCCACCGCCUCCUCCGCCAGUCGGUGGUAUCAUGGGCAAGUCAUACCGUUAUGAUAAUCAUAUAGAAACAAAGGCGGCAAAUUAUUAUUCAACUAGUCGCGAUAGUUCCUGCGACGAUCUUGGAACACGAGGUACAAACAGUGCCAUAUUACUCGAUUGUGGUAGCGAAGGUCUUUUGCAUGCUACCACUAGUUCAACGGCUGCUCUCCAGGAUACAAUGGCAGGCAAUGGAAAACGCCAUUUACAACCGUGUUCGUUAUCACCUUCCUCGAGUUCAUCGCCAGCUUAUAUGAUGGAAACGUAUUCCGUUAGAAUACCCAUUAGUUUGUGCCUGGUAAUAAUGCUGUUAUAUAUAUGCGGCGGUGCAGUGAUGUUCAAUCGUCUGGAGGGUUGGAGUCUUCUAGAAGGUGGAUAUUUCUGCUUCACGAGUCUCGGCACCAUCGGAUUUGGAGAUCUGAUGCCGACUGGACGCAACGCCCCAUCAACUACCCUGGAAGAGCUCAGCCUGUGUGCCUGCUCGUUGUAUAUACUCGCUGGAAUGGGCCUGAUAGCCAUGUGCUUCAACCUCGUCCAGGAGGAGGUGGUACGCGUGGUCAGGGUCUUCGGUAGAACCUGUGGCAUGUCAUCGGGUGUGGUGGUCGGCCCUAUUGGUGGUACAGGGACCGCACCUGGAAUCAAAGCUGAACUCGACGAUGGAGGAGGUACCAGCGAUUCAAGAUUGUCAGAACAAGAAGAAGAAGCGAUCGCCAUGUCCACGGUGCCGUCAUCCUGACAACACCAGGCCAGGAUCCCUAGUGACGGGAAACUCCUGGCCCACCCGUCGAGUACUGCCAUGAAAUUGUCACCCGGUCAUCAUUCUUUGCCACGUAAAAAAUCAUCCGCCGACAAAAAUCUCUCAUCAUCUCAGAUAUUUCAACGUGGUCAUCCAACGAGACGUAGCUGUUUAUCGCCACAAUAUCAUCAUCAGCAUCAUCAUCAACAUCGCCAACAAGAAAGUUCUUUACAUUUUGAAUAUUUUGUACCAAGGAGUGUUAGCGAAUUUAAUUUAGCUGCUACUGUUGUUACCGACAUAGCGGUAGCACCUUUACCUCAAACAUCAGCACUAAGACCUUCUUCAGUAAUCACGCCACCAGCCUCUGGCCUUACAACCAACACAUCAGCAAUUAAUCAAGGACGUCUAUUGGAUCCUUCCAAUACUACAACAAGAAGUCGAGAAAAAAUGGUUACGUUUGAGGACGAAGGUGUUAAUUCUGCUGCUGGAUCGGCAUCUAAUAGAAAAAAUUUAUCCAACAUUGAUAAUACUUUCAUGUGAUGAAUGAAAACAAUAAUGUGCAAAAGAAUAAAAAGAAAAACGUGAAACAAACAUUAAUACGAAAUGAUAUUGACUUUAAAAGUGAGAUUACGAAUAUCGCUCGUAUAAUUGAAUAUCUCUACGUAUAACUGAAAAUAAAUCAAAUCAAUUGGUUUGAGAUAUCUAUUUGAUUUAGAGCAAAAAUAUAAACAAACUUAGUUGACAAUUAAUUGAACAUAAAUGAAAAUAAAUACGAAGGAGAAAAUAACGAUACGAUUCUAAAGAGACACACAAACGUUCUUUUUUUAACUAACAUAUGCCAUUAUCCCAAAAACUCAUUAAUUAUAAAUAGAAAUUACACGAAACAAAAAAAAACUUACGAAGUACUUCUUUAUUUAAGAAAAUGUUCGGUUAUCAUACAAUAAUCAUGUACUCAGGGUAUUGAUAAUGUAAAAAAAAAAAAAAAAAAACCAAAUCUUUCAUACACAUUCUAACGACUGAAUACAGUUUUCUAAUCUAACAACCAAUGGAAAUAUGAAAGUAAGAAAAUAGUUUUCACUCUUGCUAAUUUCCUGAUAUCAAAUAUCUAAUCACAUAGUACAAGAAUAAAACGGCUAAUAUCAGAAUAUAAAAAAGAAUGACAACUGAUGAUACUCCGGUUGAUAAAAAAAAAAAAUAAGAAAAGAUGCCUUCUAAUACGAAUCGUUCGAAAAACAUUCAUUCAAAACCAAAACAUAACGAUAAAAUAAAUA